CACCGCUGCGGGGACCUCCACGUCACUCACUGGAGACAUGCCACAUACUCGCUAAACAUUAGCCAGCGGUUAGCAUCUGGCUGUACAGAAAUGUCAGCUUUUCCAGAAAACCGGGGACAUUCAGAUAUUUCUUAGUCACGAUGACAAGCAAGAAAAACGUGAUGGAGCCGUGGAGCAAGCCAAAGCUCCUCUCUUCAGCAGACUGAUUCUUGAACUAAACGAAUUUCAAGUGCACCAACAAGUCGAAGACAAUCUCCAUCAUGGGAAGGAUCAGCUUUUCGUGCCUUUUCCCAGCCCCAUGGCAUUUCAGCCUGUCGUCCCAGGUUCUCCCUCGGCUCCUAGUACCCUCCGUCAGACAGCUGCUCUUCAUCGGCCUGGUGCUCUGCCUCAUAGGACUGCUCUACCUGCUGCUUGUCACUGGGAAGGGGCCCGCCAGCUGGAUCAGAGAGGAAAAUCACUUCCACAGGCACUUGGCAAGGGUGACAGAUGUGGAUGCAACAGAUACAAGCAACCCCAACCUGAACUAUGGCCUGGUUGUGGACUGUGGCAGCAGUGGCUCCAGGGUGUUUGUGUACUGUUGGCCCCGGCAUAAUGGUAAUCCCCAUGAAUUGCUGGAUAUUCGGCAAAUGAGAGAUCAACACCGCAAGCCAGUUGUCAUGAAGAUCAAACCGGGUAUCUCUGAAUUGGCUAAAACACCAGAGAAAGCCAGUGAUUAUAUCUAUCCACUGCUAAGUUUUGCAGCCCAGCACAUUCCCAAAAAUAAGCACCAAGAAACACCCUUGUACAUCCUGUGCACAGCUGGAAUGAGAAUUCUUCCUGAAAGCCAACAAGAAGCGCUUCUUGAGGAUCUGCGAACAGACAUCCCAGUCCACUUCAACUUCCUCUUCUCCGAUUCCCACGUGGAAGUGAUUUCUGGAAAACAGGAAGGUGUCUAUGCAUGGAUUGGAAUUAACUUUGUCCUUGGAAGGUUUAACCAUGUGCACAAUGAUGGAGAACCUGUAGUGGAGGUACAUGUCCCAGGCGGCGAUCAGCAGGAGGCCCGGGUGAGGAAAAGGACUGCUGGUGUCCUGGACAUGGGUGGGGUCUCCACACAGAUCGCAUACGAAGUGCCCAAAACUGUAAGCUUUGCUUCUCCACAGCAGGAGGAGGUUGCCAAGAACUUACUUGCCGAGUUCAACUUGGGGUGUGACGCACAUCGCACAGAGCAUGUUUAUCGUGUUUAUGUGUCCACCUUCCUGGGUUUUGGAGGAAAUGCAGCACGCCAAAGAUAUGAGGAGAGCAUCAUCAGAAAUACAGCCACGCGAAAUAAGCUCUUUGGUCAGCAUAAUGGUGAGAACACAGAGUCUCCCCUCAUGGACCCUUGUCUACCUGCAGACCUGCAGGAUGAAAUCGGUCCAUCUACACAGAAGCUCCAUCUGCGAGGCACAGGAGACUUUGACCAGUGUAGGCAGAUUCUCCAGCCAUUCCUCAACCGCACCAAUGAGACCCUGACCUCCCUCAGCGGCGUCUACCAGCCAGCCAUUGACUACAACAACAGCCAGUUUUAUGGAUUCUCCGAGUUCUACUACUGCACGGAGGAUGUGCUGCGCAUGGGCGGGGAUUAUAACGCUUCGAAAUAUGCCCAAGCCGCCAAGAGUUACUGUUCCACCCAGUGGAAGACUCUGAGGGAACGAUUUGACUCUGGCUUGUAUGCCUCACAUGCUGAUCUUCACAGACUGAAGUACCAGUGUUUUAAAUCAGCGUGGAUGUAUGAAGUAUUGCACUCAGGCUUCUCUUUCCCAACCAAUUAUAAAAACCUGAAGACUGCCCUGUUGGUGUACGAUAAGGAGGUCCAAUGGACUCUUGGAGCUAUUCUCUACAGAACACGGUUUCUGCCUUUGAGGGACAUCCCGCUGGAGAGUCUAAAAGGAGUGCACUCCCACUGGCGCCACAGCUUCUCCUUUGUCAACAACCACUACUUAUUCCUGGCUUGUUUCUUCAUUGUGUUGUUGUCUAUUAUGCUGUACUUACUGCGACUCCGCCGCAUCCAUCGGCGCACAGCACAGCGAUGCACCCCUUCAUCUGUACCAUGGUUGGAGGAGGGUCUCGGCUCACCUACAAUCCCUAUCAACCUCUAAACUUUCUGGAGUCUUGACAGCAUGUCUAACUUUUCCAAAACCAAUUUCUCUCUAAGACCAUCUGCUUGUGCAGUAAGCUUUUGAAGUCUGCUACACUUGGGAAUAACUCUGAACUUUGAAGAACUCUGCACACUCUCAUACACCUGAUGAAGCUCAGUUGGGCCAAACAUUGUGUUAAUGGACAGUGUGCUGGAGUUAUUCCCAAGAUUACACUUCCCUCCUGUCACACAUUCAGGUGUGCAGGGAUUUUCUCCUAAAUAUUUUGAAGUCUGCUACCCUGAAAACCUUUCUAUGACUUGAAACGUUACUUUGAAAUGGUACUGAGAAUUGGGCAUAUGAGGAAGAUAUUAUGUGAGUCUUCAGGCUUCCCUGAGCCAUUAAAAUAUUUGUAUUUAAGUUAUUUUAUUUAAUAAUGUCUUUUUUAGAAUCCAAAAAGACAAACACUACGGUACUUUGCUCGCCAGUAAAUCUUUCACACUCAAAUGAUUAUGUAGUCUGUUCUUUGAAUCUGACAAAGUUGGACAUUUGCCUUUUUUUUAUGCCUUUUAUGUCCAUGAUCACAUCUUUUCUUUUUUUUUUUGGUUUUUAUACUUGCUGAAUGGUACAAGCACUCACCAUUUCUACAAGAAACUCAAAUGCAAUACGAUUUAUAAUUGGUGGAAGGAGCACUUUGUGAUGCAGUUGAGAUGCACUUCCCAGCUGGAGUUUUUUUGUGUGUGUGUGCGUGUGUGUCAGUGUGUGGGUGUGUGUGUGUGUGUGUGUGUGUGUGUGUGCGCGUCUUUCCUAAAUGUUCUGCCUCAACAAGACAAGUAGCCUUUGAUAGCUAUACUAGUGCAAUACAUGUCUUGUCACUGUUGGGAAACUCUCCAAAACGCAUCUUUUUUCUUUUGUUGAGAGACUCCAUCUCUCUUAGAGCCCUGCUGAAGUUCUUUUUGGUCAUCUGACUUUUAUGUUGGAUGCCGUUGCAUAUGAUUACAUUGGGCUUCAUUUUCAGAAGCUGUCAUAUCACUGCUGUGAGGGGAUUGUUAAUGAGAGCACAUGCCCCAUUAUUUAUAUGGAAAUGGUCUAUAGUGAAAUGUUUGCACAGAUGAAUGCGAAAUAAGUGUUGUCACAUUGCAAUUCAGUAAUAAAGGUUUUAUGGUAUA